UAUGAGUAGAUCUUUUGGAGACUAUGUUGCAUCAACUGUUGGAGUAAGUUGUGAACCUGAGAUAAUUCAUUAUAGAAUGAAUUCUAAUUUUGCAUUCUUAGUUGUUGCAAGUGAUGGAGUAUGGGAAUUCUUUUCUAAUGAUGAAAUCUAAAAAAUUAUUGUCUAGAAUUGGUAACAAAAUAUGACAGCUAAAAAAUUAACCGAGAUUUGCGAUCAUAUUAUUAAACUAUCUACAUAAAGAUGGCAUUAAGAAGAUGAAGUAGUUGAUGACAUUUCAAUUAUAAUUGCUUAUCUCUAAAAACCAUGA